AAACAGGUGAACCAUUGAGGCGGCGGUGGUGGAGGAGCUGGGCCGCCAGACAGCGUCCUCGUACCAUAACAAACAUGGCGCUUGUCGACGGGGAAAGUUGACCGCAAAUAUGACCCAGUUCGGUGGAUCUAGUACCCCUAGGCCCUUAGAAUCCUGAGUCAAUGUAGAGCAGCCUCGGAUUUUCAUGAAGGGAAUGUGUGUUAAGACGUAUCAGCCCGCGUCAUCGCCCAGGAAGGAACUCUGACUAACUUGUGUGCGGGGGUUGACCUGAACUCGAUAUUUUCAGACACAAGUGAAUUACCUUACGGGGGAGUGAAUCUGAAAACUGUGACCAUAUCUCACUGGGACUAUUACCUCUUCUGGUCAUGACUGUGGGUGGUACAGCUAGGUGAUGGUUGGUGUUAGAGCAAGGGGGGCGGUAUGGGCCCUCGGGGGGGCCUAUGCUCCUCCAGUUCCAUCUGGCCAUAAUACGCUCUUAGAUAUAAUCGGAGGGCAACCUGGGGGACCUCCACUAGAUGGUGCCUCGCUCACAGUGGCCCUGGAUGUGGUGCAGGCAUGGGCUGUGCUCAUCACUGUUGGCUUCACCCUGGUGCUCUUCAUCUUCCUGGCCUUUUGUGUGUGUGCCAAGAAAGAUGAUGGGUAUGAUGAAUUUGAGAUGUCACACGGUAUUACGACGGUCAAGGUUUGUCACGAUGGGGGCGAGAACGGUCUGGGCAGCUACCCCCGAAUCAAUGGGUCCAACACGCCUAGAGCGAGUGACGAAGCCUCUGAGGCCUCCAGCAGGUGCACGUUGAAGCGUGAACUUCCUGCAAUUCCUCUCAGUGCUCAGCCUGAUCCGUCAGCCAUUGAGUGUAAUGUAGAGCGUACACAAUCCCAGCACUCGUCAGAUCUCUAUGCUGCUGUAGGAGAAGCCAAUGACGCAGGUGGGAGUGGCAUAGGAAAGGUGAUUGGAGGGGUCCAGGUCCUUCCUGCUGGUGCUAUAGGACUAGAUGGUCGUGCAGCUAUCAUUCGGGACCCAACUCUUACAUCACCAACCGACCCAUCCGCUCCAUCACAUAUAGACGGUGGUGCGGGAUCAGGGACUGCAGCUCACCCUUAUGCCAAAGUGAAGAAGAAUCAUCCAUAUGCUCAUGUCAAACUACCAAAGAAGGAUCACCCAUAUGCAAAGGUGGUCCGUGAUGAUUCUGAGGAUCCAGAGACUGAUACCGAUAAUUAUGAUGACCCAAAAGCCAUUACCAAAGACAAGAGUUCAGGAUGGGAUUCGGAGGGAGGGUACGAGCCAGCCCCUCCAGUACCAGAAAAGCGGUUUGAUCUGGAAGAGGAGACAGCCACUGGUCCUCCUGACGGUGGGCUCAUGACGACUUCGGUCACCUCGGCCUCCUCGGGUAAGGGCCCAUCCUCUCCACGAUCGCCUCACCUCAACACUCGAUCGUCUAUGGUUGGUUCUGCGCCCUCGCCAACUUCCCCACAUAGCAUAGGAGCAGUAUCAGACCGGCCACCCUCUACAGAAAUUCAAGCAGCUUUGGCAAUCUCAGGACGAACACCAGCCAAUGAAGAGAUGCCAUACAUGACGCCUCCAUUACAUCAUCAGCCUGAAGAAGCAGGCAUAGAGAUACCAUCUCAACAGAACUUCAGCGGUGACUCUCAGGAUUCACGAGGGUACACAAGCAUCAGCGUACGGGAGCCCUUGUCAGCCAUCAAAGCACAAACACAGGGCUCGGCGGCUCCUCAGUCAUCUGCCACCACUCAACCUCUUGAAGGAGAAGGGUACUAUAUGACAGUAUCAGAUGACUCAGCUGAUGAGAUGUAUGCCUGUAUUUAUGAGGGCACAAGAGGGGUUGGCAGUGAAACAUAUGCACAAAUUGAACCACGUUCAACUCCACCACCACCUCCACCCCCCAUGCCUAGCCCUCCACAUGCUCCGUCGACCCCGUCGCCCCUCUCUACGCGAGGUGGAUCACAGCCCCCUCCUGCACCACCGAGUGUAGACAGCCUACGCCAUGUUGUACAUUCCAGACAAGCAUCUUCGAGUAGUGCUGCCAGUACUGUAAUGGGAAGCCCCGGAGCGGAGAAGAGAGGGACUCGCUCUCCUCUGCCACCUCUACCUCAGGGAGAUACGAGCCUCUACUCAGGCCCUUCCCCCCAGCCCCCACAUUCCCCACCACGAAGUGUUCCUCCCAUUGAAAGACCCACACAGCGAGCCCUUGAAGAAAUGUAUGCAAAGGUGAUGAAGAAACAGCGUCCAGGACACUCUCGUGGGGACAGCUCAGGCGGAGGAGGCGAGAGUGACGCUGGCAGUGUGUCGUCCUCACGCAGAGGAUCCGUGGACAUUGGUGGCGCUCGCUGGGGAUCUCAUGCUUCAUCUCCUCCAACAACCCCUCGUCAGUCUGUAGACCUAGGGUCGAUGACACGUAGCCUUGUUGAAACUCGCAAUCAUGAAGUUGUUACGUCAAUAAGUCGAGCCAAGUCGUAUGAGAAGGCUGGUGUGUGGGGAAGUACUACACAGCAUCCCCAACCAUCAUUACCUAAUCCCAACUAUGAAACCAUUCCCCAACUGUCUAACAACUUCUACUCAGGGGGCUCUUCUGAUCCUGGAUACGAAACGGUGAAGAAUUCUGAACCUCCGUAUGCAAGUGUUGAAAGGCCCGAGGAGAAUUACCCUGGAUAUGAAACAGUGAAACAGACGUCAGACAUAGAAUCAGAACCUGGAUAUGAAACUCUGAAACACAGGGAAUACGAACCGGGGUAUGAAACAGUCACUGGUGAAGCUAAGUUGGAAAGCUCUGAACCAGGAUAUGAAACAGUGGCUCAUGAGAAGCACCAAGAGGAAUAUGAACCCGGAUAUGAAACGGUAACACAUCACAGAGCAGAAACAUCUGACCCGGGAUACGAGAUUGUCAAGGGAAAGGCCACAAGUGAAUUUGGAGACCCCGGCUACGAAGAGCUACAAGGUGCUAUCCAUCACACACGGACCACUUCAGAACACGACCCGAAUUAUGAGCAACUGAAGUUCACGAGUCGGCGAUCAAGCGACGGGGAUGCAGAACCCGGCUAUGAAGUGGUUAAGAAGGUUGAAACCGAGAGUACGUACGAAUUUGUACGCGACUACGACACCCAGGAGAAUUAUCCCCCCUAUGAGAAGAUCGAUAAACCUGGAAAGGAAAUCAGUCAACGGGAAACACCUCUGUAUGCAAGUGUACAGAAGGGAAGCCUAAGUCAGGAGAAGAAAUUGGCUAAGGAUAAAAGCCCCGAAGAGGAUAAAAGUCCUAAAGCCACUGGCCUCCUAGAGAGUGACAUAGAUACUUGUCCACCUCCUCCUAUAAGUCCUAAGGAUUUCAAAGAAGGUCCAACAAAGGAUGACUUCAAUAAAGAUAAGGACUUGACAUUACCCUUGAAGAAACUUGAAGAAGACCAGCAGGUAUUGCCACCAGAAAAGAUAUCUCCUCCUCUUGUGGCAGUGAAAAGUCCGGAUAAGGGAUCUCCGUCAUCUGUGAAAAGUCUAAAUGGAUCUCCACCAAUGGUAAAGAGUCCGAAAGGAUCUCCACCACUAGUGAAGAGUCCAAAAGGAUCUCCGCCACUAGUGAAGAGUCCAAAAGGAUCCCCACCUGCCACAAAGAGUCCAAAAGGAUCUCCGCCACUAGUGAAGAGUCCAAAAGGAUCUCCGCCACUAGUAAAGAUUGCUAAAGGAUCUCCACCACAAGUGACAAGUCCAAAAGGAUCUCCGCCACUGAUGAAGAGCCCAAAAGGGUCUCCACCACUGAUGAAGAGCCCUGACAAAGGAUCUCCUCCAGCAACAAAGAGUCCAAAAGGAUCUCCGCCACUGAUGAAGAGCCCAAAAGGGUCUCCACCACUGAUGAAGAGCCCAAAAGGUUCUCCACCAAUGAUGAAGAGCCCAAAAGGGUCUCCACCAAUGAUGAAGAGCCCAAAAGGGUCUCCACCAAUGAUGAAGAGUCCAGAUAAAGGUUCUCCUCCAUUAAUGAAGAGUCCACAAGGAUCUCCACGAAUGAUGCAGAGUCCAGAUAAAGAAACCCCACCAAUGAUGAAGAGUCCAAGUCCAGAUAUGGACACACCACCUAUGAUGAAAAGCCCAAAAGGAUCUCCACCAUUGAUGAAGAGUCCAAAAGGUUCUCCACCUAUGGCUAAAAGUCCAGAUAGAGAAACUCCACCUCUGACUAGGAGCCCGAGUCCAGACAUUGACUUUUCACCUACAAUAAGAGAUUUGGGUAGAGGGUCACCAGUUAUGACUCCUGUGUCAAGUACUGCAGAUGCACCACUGCCACCACCACCGCCACCACCACCACCAGCCAGUGAGGAAACAGAAACGUCUACAUUAAUAGCUAGUUUAGAUACAGAACCCCUCCAGCAAGAUGAGAGUCCUGAUAAAGAGGUUUCUCCAACUGAGGUUAGUCAUCCUGCUCAAGAAACACCUCCACCACCACCACCACCUCAUUUGGAAAGUUCAGUCAUAGAACAGCCUACAGCACUCCAAGAAAGUCAACACCCACAACCUUCCCAACAAGUAACACAAAGCCCAGAAAAGGAGGUAGUACCAUCGCUGGGAGGAACUGUAGUGGAACAGUUUGUCCCGAUGGUUAAUGAGAAUCGUAAUGAAAUUAUUCCAUGUUUAUCAGGGGUUGAAAUAAUGCCAAUUCAGCCACCCACUCCUGAGAGAGAGGCAUCCCCAGUGGCAUUCAGUAGUUUAGGUUCAGAAGACCUUCCUGCACCUUUAUCUAUAGAUGAUACAGAAAACCAACCACAGGAGACAAUAAAUCCUCUGUAUAUGAUUGACAAGUUGGAUAAUGAUGUUCAGCAUGAAAGUGCACUCCCAGCACAGGAGGAGGUUAUCGCUGAAGGUCAAGACACUCCGUCUGGUAUGUGUGGUGAGUUACCUCCACCACCCCCGCUUGUAAUGGAUGAGGAUGACAGUGCUUUUACAAAUGACCUUCCUCCACCAAUACCAGAGUCUUCACCUCUCAUGCAACGAACUAGUACCCUCUGUGAAGAUACUCCACCCCCACCAUUAGUACCUCCAUCAGAUGUUGAGGGUUUAGAUGAAUUGUUAAACCUUGCAAAUAUGGGGUCAUCUUCAUCAGGGAGCACUGCAGGCCAGCCAGGCAGUAUUCAUGGGAGUUCUGAAAAAGACUCAGAUUCCCCUCAAGAGUCUGAUGUCAUCCAAAUGGAAGGAACUAUGACAGCAGAUGAACUACCUCCCCCACCACCUCUGUCAGAACCAUCAGAACCAGGAACAGAACAUGAUUCUGAUGAGGAACUUGACAACUCUGUCUCUUCAGGUUAUGAAUGUGGAUUUACUGCUGGCGGCAUAACUGUCACUGUCAAUCCUAUGGUUGAUGUGGAAGAAACCCCCGAGUCUCCUGUUCAUGUGGCACCGCCACCACCUAGUGAACCCAGCCAGGCUGCUCCACCUUCACCUAUUGUCAGUGCUGCCAUUGGUAUCAGCAGUGGAGGCAGUCAGAGCAGCAGUAGUGGGUCAGGAAGUCAGGACACGGGAAGUGGUAGUGUAGAGAGUGUAGUGACAGUGGAGUGUGCUGUUGCAGCAGAUGCAGGCACUCAAGGGAGGCAGCAGUCCUCCGAUUCAUCAUCAAGCCCAGAAAGUCGUCACCUUGAUCCACACGAACAGAUCACAGAGGUUUGAAACAAGCCUCUUGCAGAUGUAUGAGCACACUUACAGUGAAGAAUAUUAUGUGCUCACUUUACUGGAUAGAAAGCCAGUCUGAAUGUAAUCAGCACUAUUGCUCAGGUUAUCCUCAGCAUAAACAUUACACUUCCUACCAGACUUGGGGCAGCUCAUUUAUCUUGCACCAGCUGUAGCUUGUAUCUACUGUACUGUAGCAGGAUUGCAGCUAAGCAUUAGUCAUAUUUUUCACCGAUAGCAAUUUUGUGGACCAUCUUACUUAGGCAACGCUACUGUAUGUGAAAUACUCUUGUAGCUGUUGGCUGUGAAAUAAUGAUAUUAUAGUUCCCUUCUAGGUAGGAAAAAUUCUCCUCAAUAGAUUAAGUAGUAUUUAUGGUGUCAAUGAUGAGGGUAUUUUAACAAUGGCGUUGUUUUUACAAAGCCACGUAAAAAUUCCUCGCUUAUUAACUACACUUUCCAUCUUUUGACUAAGUGAUAGGCAGAAAACAUUUCAACUGCUGCCAGUUUUUACACAAUUGUCAUGUGAUUAUUUUUAAUUUCUCAACAAGGCAAGCGUGUGUCCAGUGAAUGGAAGGCAUGGGUUUGUUAUUCCAUUUUUACCCUGUUUUACAUGGGUGUGUUUGUAACUCUAGAUGAUCUGCUAGAGGAAUUGUUUUUUGUAGGUGUGGCUCAUCGUAGCAUUACUCUGGUGUGUGUGUGUGUUAGCUGACAACAAGGGACUGUGGCAUCAUGUGCAAUGAUCUUCAAGAAAACUUUUGAUUGUACUCAUUAUCAUCAAGUUGGUGCACAAAGAAUGGUGUGGUGAGAAAGAAAGUUAUUAUUAUGCAGUUUGUUGCCAAAGUUCCUGUUUUUGCGACAACAGGCAGGUUGAAGCUUUAUAAACUUUACCGUGUGUUCAGUACAUGUAAUGGUAAGUUCUAUUUAUUGUACUGUAAGGUUGUAGCCAGUAGACAGUUUGCACAUGUUUGCUGGAUCAUUCUCAGACUCAAGUUUUCCUCAUCCCAUUGGAAUAUGUGGCAGUAGCUGAUUGUUCCAGUGCAGCAGCAUGUUUAGCAGUUUUUAUAGAUACAUGAUAAAAGUGGCCAUUUAAAUUAGUAGAAUUCAUUGUGUGAAACCUCAUACAAAUUCAAUUCUUGAAAUACAAGCUCAAUUGCAUCUUACACGUAUUAGAAUAACA